CACGCACGGCUGUGUCAUGUUUGGAAAAUGUACGCGGAGCUGAUGCAAUUAAUGACAAAUAGAGUCGUAACAUUGCAAGUUCGUUGUGCUCUUCACGCUCGCUGCGUCGUGUUUUGGUUGAAGCCGAAGAACCGGACAAACAGGUCGAGCCGUUAAAGCGUUAAGGCGUCUCUAUUUAAAGCCGGAGCAAAACGUCGGACGCCAAACAACCGCCAAGCGGGAAAGCAAGCAACCAUACCCGGCCAACAACGAGCAACCCGGAAAUUAAACAUAUUCAAAAGUCCAGGCGAAAACUCCGCAGCAAAAAUGAUGCGACAUCUCCCCGAGACCCCCGCUCAGAAAAAUUCUCUUUUCAACGCCAUGAACCGCUUCCUCGGGGCGGUAAACAACAUGGACCAGACUGUCAUGGUGCCCAGCCUGUUGCGGGACGUGCCGCUAUGGGACGACGCCGAGCUGUGCGGCCACAAGUCGGACGUGGACGAUGGCGACGUGGACAUGUACAGCUACUACCAGCUGCUCAAGUCCAUCCGGCAGGACAUCGAGUGGGGGUUGAGGGUCUCCCCGGUCGUUGAGGAGACGCCGCUACGGCUCACCCGUGUGAACUCCAUCGCCUCCACGGCCUCGUCGUUGUCCUUCGCCUCGUCGCUGUCUUCAUCAGAGGACGACGAGUAUGAGGAGGAAGAGGAAGAGGACCUGCAGAAGCAGUUCCAGUACCACCUCGCCGGGCUUCAGGGGGUUCUGGGCAAGCUCACCACGCAGGCCGACUCCCUCACCAAGCGCUACAAGCAGUCCAUUGGACUCUAAAGGCAGACUGUUUCUAUUACCAGGGGCCAUUUCAAGUCCUUUGAGGGCCACUAAAGUUGAGAUGGAACAGAUGUUUGCUACUAAUCAUGAGCGUUUGGCUUAAAUAUUUUGUGGGGCUUUCCUCUGGGGGUUUUAAACAUUCAAUGCCCAAGACCUAUGCGUAUUGCUACGUUUUAACUUUAAAACUGGCUGAAGUCAAGUUAAAAUGACAAACGCAUGAAGGGAUGAUGGAGGAAAAGACGGUGGCCUCCCUACUUUUACAAGUGCAUUGGGUGGUGGCCUACUGGAUUGUCGGAUGUGGUGAAUGUAACUCAAUGCUUUUCUUUUUGCACUCAUGGGUGUUGAGUUUUUCCUCCUUUGGUUUGCAGGUGAAACGAAUUUAAAACUUUUUAUUUAAUGUGUAAUUUAUUACCUCAGGGCAUGUGCACGUGUGAAAGUUUAGUUCAAAGAGCAAGUGAGGAUCUGUGUGGUAUGAAUCGCCCAUUUCAAGAUGAUUAACGUAUGCGUAUGAUCAUGCAACUUCCGCGCUGAUGUCUUAAAACUUAGGAAGGAGGCAUGUGCUUAAAAAAAAACUGCCUAUGACUUCCUCAUUUCAAACUUCGGUCAAUGUACUGGAAUCAACUGAUCGUUCUGCUUUGAGAACAAUGACGAAUUCCAUGAGAUCACUGUGUUGUCAACCGUUUAGCUAGAUAUGUGCCUGCAUUCUUUGCACUGUUUUUCUACUAAUAGUUGAUAUUUAAAAUAAAGUUGUUUUUUUUGUAUGAACUCA